CUCACCACAAAACCCUUUCUCCUCCAAUUUCGUCGCACACAGGAAAACAAAAUGCUUCUCAAAGCUGCUUCUACUUUCUCUCUAUUGAACAUUCAUGGAGAGAAGAAAGACAUCUCUCCUCUCUUCUCCUCCUCCUCCUCCAUUUCGUCUCCGGUUUCUUCUGGAAAAUCCGGCAAUCUCUCUUUCCCUCUUCGUGCUUCCAAGAGUUCAACCACUACCACAAGCACGUUGAGCGGCGUUGUGUUCGAGCCUUUCGAAGAGGUUAAGAAAGAGAUGGAUCUAGUUCCAUCUGGUCAACAGCUUUCUCUUGCUCGUCAUUUGUACUCCCCUGAGUGCGAAGCCGCCGUCAAUGAGCAGAUCAAUGUUGAGUAUAACGUGUCGUAUGUGUAUCACGCUUUGUAUGCAUAUUUCGAUCGUGACAACGUUGCCCUCAAGGGUCUCGCCAAGUUUUUCAAGGAAUCGAGUGUGGAAGAACGAGAGCACGCUGAGCUGUUGAUGGAGUAUCAGAACAAACGUGGUGGGAGGGUCAAGUUACAGCCCAUGGUGUUGCCUCAGUCUGAGUUUGAUCAUCCUGAGAAAGGAGAUGCUCUCUAUGCUAUGGAGUUGGCUCUUUCAUUGGAGAAACUAGUCAAUGAAAAGCUCCUAAACCUGCACAGUGUGGCUUCCAAGAACGAUGAUGUCCAGUUGGCAGAUUUUAUUGAGAGUGUGUUUCUGAACGAACAGGUGGAAGCCAUUAAGAAAAUCUCAGAAUAUGUUUCUCAACUUAGGAGACUUGGCAAAGGACAUGGAACAUGGCAUUUCGAUCAGGAGCUUCUUGGUGCUGCUGCUUAAUCUGAGUUUUAGCUGUAAUCUCGCAGUUUGGUUAACUUUUGAGUUAUUUUGAGUAUGAGAUGUAACUUUUAAGGUAGAUUUGAUCAAUAUCGAUUCUGUUGUGAGAGAAAACAAGCUAUUACGCUCCUUGGGGUUAACUUUCUUUGUGUUUUCAGUAUUAUGGUUUUGUCCACUUCGUAAUAUCACUUUCCUUUAGAACAUUUCAAAUCAGCAGUUGUUUUGAGGUGUAAUGUAAUGGUCACUGAUAUUUUCUAUUACCCCUGCAUGAAAGUAGUAUGUUUUAUCAACAAAGUGGUACCAAAACAUUCUCUAUCCAAGAAAACUACAAACUGAGUGAGUGUCCAUACUUACAAAGUUUUGAGUCAAUUUAUCAUUUUCUCAUAUACCAAUCAAAAUCUCACAAUUACAACUACUCUUUUUUUCUUCUUUAUACGAUGAUCUUUUUU